UUUCAGCCGUUACGUGACCCAGCAUCUGAGGUGAGACAGGGAAGGUGUUGGGGUGAUGUCAGACCUGGGCAGGGUGGCAUAGGGUUGGAGGUGAGUGAAGAGAGAGAGGGAGAGAGUGAGUCCACCUCCCCACCUCCUCUGAGGAGUUCUGGAAUCUUUCAUGACUGGAGGAGAGUUGAAGAAGCACCAGUGUGAGGUUUGACAAGACACGGUCAGAGCUGCUGUCCGGUGCUGAGGACAUUGUGAGACAGUGUGAGUUCCUCCUGUUGCUGUCAUGAGCUUCACUGCGGUGCUGCUGUCCUUUCUGCUGGUGUCUCUGAGCUGCUCCAGAGGAGCCAUCAUCACUGGGGCCUGUGAGAGAGACGUUCAGUGCGGCUUUGGCUUUUGCUGCGCCGUUAGCCUGUGGCUGAGAGGUCUGAGGAUGUGUGUCCCCCGAGGAGUGGAGGGAGACGAGUGCCAUCCUUUAAGUCACAAGGUUCCGUACCAGGGAAAAAGGCUCCAUCAUACCUGUCCAUGUCUGCCCCACCUGGUGUGCACCAGAUAUGAGGACAGCAAGUACAGAUGUACUGAAGACUUCAAGAACAUAGAUUAUUAAUAGGUCGUACCCUUCAUUCGUGUUUUGUCUAUGCAC